AUGAUGCAUAAUGAGAAUACAUACGAUCUUGAGUCUGGUGAGCCGAUAAUAUGCGAUUCUGUAAUUGCUGUUCAGGAAAAUGAGGAUAUCGGAUUGGGCUGUUCUAAAAAAAAACUAUUUGAAGGAAUGAUAUUUCAAGAUUGGAAAGAAGCGUUUGAUACAUUAACCCUAUAUUCUCAACAUGAAGGGUUUAAACUAAGAAAAGGACGCGUUGAGAAAACUUCUAAUGGGGCUAUACGAAAAAGAACAAUGUUAUGUGAACACAGCGAAAUGCAAAAAAUUCAACGUGUUGAAAUUAAAAGUUGUCUAAAUUAUCAUGCAUCUGCUAUUACAAAGGAUGAAAUGAUUAAAUAUCAGGAGCCCGAGUCAGAUGAUACCUUGUUCGUCGAAGAUGAUGAAGAUAUUAUGCAGAUUUCCAUCAAUUAUAUAUUAGAAAAUAUAGACAUUAAUGAAAUAAAGGAAAUCUGGGCUAUUCGUGUAAUUACAGCUUCGACAUUCUAUCAACUUACAGGAUUCGCCAAAUCUAAUAUAAAUAGAUUGUUUACACCUAUGACUGAUCUCCGGGACGAAAGAAAGGAAAAUAUUAAUGAGCGAAAGUUAUAUGGAGAAUUAUGGGGAAUUGCACGAAAUCUUACGCAAAAAGCAGUUCAAUUUCAUAGACAAGAUGUCCUUAAAAAAUUACAAAAUUUAUUAACUGAGAUACAGGAAGAUGAUUUAGUGAAUAGCCCGGCCAAUGAUGAUAACGAUGAGACAUGUAGUAAUAGCUUAGAUGAUAAUGAAAUAUGCGAAGAAAGUAAUUCAUUAGCUGAAAUACCUCUUCAAAACCCCAAAAAACGUAAGGCGAAAGGACGUCCAAAAAGUUCUAGAUGA